UUGUCUUGAACUGUCCGCCCGCGUUGUGGGUACGGAGGACCAAUCAGUGCACCAUGGCGGCGUCCGGUGGAACUUUAAACUGUGAGGACUUUUCAAUGUUUCAGGAGGUGCUGAAGGUGAUGCGCACCAUAGAUGACCACAUCGUCCAUGCGCUGAACACCACAUUGCCCACAGUCUCCUUCUCGGGCAAAGUGGAUGCCACACAAACGUGCAGACAACUCUAUGAGUCUAUGAUGGAUGCCCAUCUGACCAGAGACAAAGCUAUCAAGCACUGUAUAGCUCAAAGUUCAGAGGAGGUGGGACAACUGCGUGAACAGAGAGCAAAAGACAGCGAAAACCUGGCCCUCCUCAGACUGCUCAGAAAGGAGCAGACCAAAUUAAAGUUAAUGAAGUCAGAGCUGAAUGUUGAAGAAGUUGUCAAUGAUAGAAGUCUGAAGAUUUUCAGUGAAAGAUGCAGAAUCCACUACACGCCUCCCAACGUGAAGCGAAGCUCCGUCUGAUGAGAGGAGCUGCUUCACUUGAGGUUCGAAUCCAUUCUUGAGCUGAAACUGUGACCUGAUGCUGAGUCCCGACUGCAGGCCAGAUCGCCCCGACCUCCUCGCCAACACGCUUGUAUUCCAUUGUGACCGUUGCAUUGCAUUACCACAGCUGUACAGCAGUCAUUACUGUGCUUCUUUAAUGAGAAACGGUGUACGAAAAGAGUUUGUUUUUUUAAAGACUGAAAUGUUUUCAAGCAACGUGUUGUCUGUGAUUUACAUUAUUUGUGAGUCUUUUGAGAAGCUCCGUGUUUUCUGAAUGCAAUGAGGUGAUACGGUUUGAUCCACGCUGUCUUAAGUUCUGCGGAAUGAAAUAUCUUAAAUGUCUACACGACAGUCCGGUGAAUUGGCAGGUAGUUGUGUACAGACACUCAGGUUUCCAGGCUCAGGAAUCCUAACGACUCAGCAUAUUGGGAUUCAAAGCACCAAAGCGCCUCAGUUCAGCCUCAGAGCUGCCAGCAGCCUGUAGAUGCAUCAUGGUGUUCUCCUUUGUUUGAUUCAGCAAAGUUUGAUAGUGUUGGUGCAUUUCCUGGUUUGGUGAUAUUCUGGAUUUCUUUUAAAAAAUGAAUAAAAUACAGUAUUGGUAUUUAGUAGGGUUAUAAAUCUGUGUAAUCAUUUGACAGUAUACUUAAAAUAAAACUAUAGUCUUCAGAUAGUA